CUGCAGAAGGGCACUCGUUUCCUUUCCCUUCGGAGCACACCCACCCUCCCAUCGUUUGAUUCACUCGCUACUGUGGCUUCUGUUAACGCUCCCGCUACUUUGUCCGUCCAAACUCGAAAAGUCCCCAGCAGCUCGCUCGACGGCCUCUUGUGGUUCUACUUUCUCCAAGGGUUGCUUUCGAUAGCCGCCACUCAAUUCUCACAUCUACCCUUUUUCAUCCUUCUUUUUUUUCCUUUUCUUUUCUUUUCUCUUUUAGCACUUUUUCCCUGGCCCUUCUGGCUCCGCUUGCAGUGACUUUCUUGUUUGCGCCUGUCGUCAGCCCUCCCGUCAUUAAUGCCUGGACCCAUUGCUCUUGCUUAGAUUCCCGUCCCGAUCUCGCCGUUCUUGCGGUUGAGCAGACCUAUCUUCGUUGUUGUUCCUAGCUUCGUGCCAAAUCCGCGGAGCACCACGGUUGUAGUUUACCAUGGCGGCGGCCCCGUCCCAUGCCCAGUCGUCUCUCCCCUCGCUGCCCCAUCACCUGCAGUCCGACACUCAACUGACGGCCCACCUUGCCAGCCGAUUCCAUGUCUCCCUCCCCACAGCUCGCCUUUCUUCGCAUGCUCUGAUAUGCCUGAAUACGUAUACAUCCUCAACAAAAGGUCCUGAUGGACUCAAGGAAGGAAGCGCCAUGGGGGAGGCGGAGGAUUUGGCAAGGCGAGCCUGGACAAGAUUGGGGUCAAGGGGGGAAAAUCAAGCUGUUGUUUUCCUAGGUGAAUCUGGCUCAGGCAAAACAACUAUUCGAUCUCACCUGUUAUCUUCGCUCCUCUCAUUCACCUCAACCCCGCUAUCUACCAAGUUGUCCCUUGCGGCAUUUGUUUUUGACACACUGACAACUACAAAAGCCGUUACUACGCCAACUGCGUCAAAAGCCGGUCUCUUUUUCGAGCUACAAUAUGAUGCAUCGUCCACCGUAAAUCCGACUUUGAUUGGUGGGAAGCUUUUAGAUCACCGGCUGGAGCGGAGCAGAAUAGCGUCUGUUCCUACGGGAGAGCGAAGUUUUCAUGUUUUGUAUUACCUUCUGGCGGGGACCAGUCCAGCCGAAAAGACACAUCUAGGUCUUUCUAGUUCAGGCGAUGUUAUCUCGAGUGGCCCAACCAAGCGAUCUUCAUCCCAAGCGUCACACAAGCGCUGGCGAUAUCUCGGACACCCGACCCAAUUAAAGGUCGGAAUCAACGAUGCGGAAGGAUUCCAGCACUUUAAGACGGCAUUGCGGAAACUGGAAUUCCCCCGAAGCGAGAUCGCAGAAAUUUGCCAAAUCCUGGCUUGUAUCCUGCAUAUCGGACAACUUGAAUUCACCACAGGUCAGGCUACGAGGACAGGGGCGGAUGAAAGUGGUGGAUAUUCGCACGAGGGCGGUGAGACCAUCACCGUCGUCAAAAACAAGGAUGUUCUAAGUAUUGUUGCCGCCUUCCUUGGUCUGAGUGUCGAUGAACUUGAAACAAGUUUGGGAUAUAAGACGAAGACAAUCCAUAAAGAACGGGUAACCGUUAUGCUUGAUCCCCAGGGCGCCCGAACAAACGCAGAUGGGUUUGCAAGGACACUCUAUGCUCUUCUAGUUGCCUAUGUGAUUGAAAACAUCAAUCAGCGGAUCUGCGCUGCCGAGGACGCCGUGGCUAACACCAUUUCCGUUGUUGAUUUCCCUGGUUUUGCCCAGAUGUCUACGACAAAUUCGACCUUGGAUCAAUUGCUGAACAAUGCUGCUACCGAGUCCCUUUAUCAGUAUUGUUUGCAAAACUUCUUUGAGCGUCAGGCAGAUAUGUUGGAAACAGAAGAGGUCAACGUCCCAGCAACCAGCUAUUUUGACAACUCCGAUGCCGUUAAGGGCCUUUUGAAACACGGCAACGGUCUCCUCUCCAUUUUGGACGAUCAAACCAAGCGCGCCCGAACCGACUUGCAGUUCCUCGAGAGUAUUCGCAAACGGUUCGAGAAUAAAAACCCAGCUAUAGCUGUUGGUAGCUCGACCGCAAUUCUCCCAGGCAGCAACUUUGCUACGCAAAACGCUGCCGCUGUAUUCACAGUGAGGCAUUUUGCAGGGGAAGUUGAUUACCCCGUUAAGGGCCUAAUUGAAGAAAAUGGUGAUCUGGUAUCUGGCGACCUCCUUAACCUCAUUAGCUCUACGAAGAGUGGAUUUGUUCGGGAACUGUUCGGUCAAGAAGCAUUGCAAACGAUCCACCAUCCCAAGGAAAGGAAUGCUAUCAUGCAAGCUCAAGUCAGCUCGAAACCAUUGAGAAUGCCGAGCAUGGCACGGCGGAAAAUGAGCAGACCCUCAAGGUUUACGUCUUUUGGAUCUCAGUCCGAAGCUGACGACACCGAUGACUUUGCUAGUACAUCUACCAGUACGAAGAAGGGCGGAUCUAACAGUAAGAAAGGGUCAGUGGCUGGUGCUCCAAAACAGGGCGCAGCUGGCCAGUUCCUCGCCUCUCUUGACAAUAUAACCAAAUCCUUAUCAGCGUCAAAUGUGAACCCUUAUUUUGUCUUCUGCCUUAAGCCAAAUGACAGGCGGAUUGCAAAUCAGUUUGAUAGCAAAUGCGUCCGGACCCAAGUGCAGACGUUGGGGAUUGCCGAGAUCAGCCAACGUCUCCGCAAUGCGGACUUCUCUGUAUUCUUACCAUUUGCUGAAUUCCUUGGGCUUGCAGAAGCAGAAUCGAUCAUUGUUGGGAGUGACAAGGAAAAGUCGCAGCUCAUCGUUGAUGAGAAGAGGUGGCCAACCAACGAGGCACGCGUUGGCAGCACUGGUGUCUUCCUGAGUGAAAGAUGCUGGGCAGAUCUGGCCAAAGUUGGCGAGCGAGUUCUUCCAAGUUUUAGUGGAGAAGGUACUGAUGAUGGCAGAGAUGGCCUUCUCCAUGUUGGCGGCAACCAAUAUGGAGAUUCAAAAGUCCGUCUCUUGCCUUCUGGAGACUCCACCCCUGGAGCGUUUAUAUACGGGGAUGAUAAGCAAGGAUACUUCGGCAGCCGGGAAUUGGAUGCACGGUCGGAUGCUGGCGCAUCUGCCUUUAACUCAGGUGAUAUGUUCAAGAAUUUGGAAACCCGUGAGCAAAUGGCAGAGCGAAGCAACGAGAAAGAGAUGGUUGAAGUGGAGGACGUCAUCGUCUCGGGAAGCCGCAAACGCUGGCUUGCGCUCGUUUAUCUGUUGACCUUUUAUAUCCCUGAUUUCUUGAUCAAGUGGGUCGGGAGAAAGAAGAGAAAGGAUGUGCGUGUCGCUUGGCGUGAAAAAUUCGCUAUCAACCUUCUUAUAUGGUUGAGCUGUGGCUUUGUGGUAUUUUUCAUUAUCCUUUUCCCGCGAUUGAUCUGUCCGACGCAACACGUUUUCUCCGCUGAAGAACUUUCGUCUCACGAUGGGAAAGGCAACCAUAACGCAUAUACCGCCAUUCGAGGAGAAGUAUUUGACUUGGGCUCUUUUAUACCUGCCCAUUACCCGGGUAUUGUUCCUCGAUCGGCGCUGAUAAAGUAUGCUGGAAUUGAUGCUACGCAUUUAUUCCCUGUGCAGGUUUCUGCGCUUUGUCGGGGUAAAGGCGGCUCACAACGGCCCAUUGAUCCUUCAGUGCUGUUCGACUUCACUCCCACCAAUAUAUCGGGUUCUGCGAACGUUGUUAGCGGAAACGACAAAAAUUUCCUGUACCAUGACUUCAGACACUUCAGAAAUGAUACUCGACCAACCUGGUACUUUCAGCAAAUGCGAUACCUACGGGCAAACUACAAAAAAGGAGAGAUUGGCUACACUAAGAGCCAUCUCAAGACGCUUGCUGAGAAGGAGUCUCAGUACAUCGGAGUCAUAAAUGGAGUGGUUUAUGACUUCACUGACUACAUGAUUGGAGGUCGAAUUACUAGAGACAAAGAUGGUAAACCGAAACCAGGUGUCGACGUGGAUUUCAUGGAUUCCCGAGUUGUCGAUUUGUUCCAGCAAAAAUCCGGGCAUGAUCUGACCGAGUACUUCAACAGACUUCCCCUCAGCAGCACACUGCGUUACGAUAUGGAAGUCUGCCUCAACAACCUCUUCAAAGUCGGAGCCCUAGACACCCGAAAUUCGACGCAGUGCCUCUUCUCUCAAUAUUUUGUGCUUGCGUGUUCGGCUCUCCUGGCGAGUAUCAUUGGUUUUAAGUUCUUGGCUGCAUUGCAGUUUGGAAGAAAGAAUGUCCCAGAAAACCUUGAUAAGUUUAUCAUUUGCCAGGUACCAGCGUAUACAGAAGAUGAGGAGUCUCUCCGUCGUGCGAUUGACUCGAUGGCCCGGAUGAAAUACGAUGAUAAACGGAAACUCCUCGUGGUUAUUUGCGACGGUAUGAUCAUUGGACAGGGCAAUGACCGCCCCACGCCUCGAAUCGUCCUCGAUAUCCUUGGUGUCCCAGAGACUGUUGACCCCGAACCACUCAGCUUUGAAAGUUUAGGAGAAGGCAUGAGGCAGCACAACAUGGGCAAGGUUUACUCCGGACUGUACGAAGUGCAAGGUCACAUUGUUCCAUUUUUGGUAGUGGUUAAAGUUGGCAAGCCGUCUGAGGUUUCUCGACCUGGUAACCGCGGAAAACGUGAUUCUCAAAUGCUUCUGAUGCGCUUCCUCAACCGCGUCCAUUACAACGCACCGAUGAGCCCGCUUGAACUGGAAAUGCAUCAUCAGGUCCGCAAUAUUAUUGGUGUAAAUCCGACAUUCUACGAGUUCAUCUUACAGGUUGAUGCGGAUACCGUUGUUGCGCAAGAUUCUGCUACUCGAAUGGUCGCCUCAUUCUUGCAUGAUACGAGAGUGAUUGCACUCUGCGGAGAGACAGCUCUUAACAACGCCAAAUCUUCCAUGAUCACGAUGAUUCAAGUCUACGAAUACUGGAUCUCCCACAACUUGACGAAAGCCUUCGAAAGUCUUUUUGGCUCUGUGACCUGUUUACCAGGUUGUUUCAGUAUGUACCGCAUCCGUGCCGCCGAUACAGGCAAGCCACUCUUCGUCAGCAAGGAAGUUGUAGAUGCCUAUGGAGAGAUUCGUGUUGAUACGCUUCACAUGAAAAACUUGCUCCAUCUGGGAGAGGAUCGAUAUCUGACAACCCUACUUCUGAAGCACCAUCCAAAAUAUAAGACCAAAUAUAUUUUCAAUGCGCAUGCAUGGACUGUUGCUCCUGACAGCUGGGCCGUCUUCUUGUCCCAACGUCGCAGAUGGAUCAAUUCGACUGUCCACAACUUGAUCGAGCUCAUUCCUCUCCAACAACUGUGCGGGUUCUGCUGCUUCAGUAUGAGGUUUGUUGUUUUUGUGGAUCUUCUCAGUACAAUCAUUCAACCUGUGACCGUCGCCUAUAUUGUCUACCUCAUUGUACUCCUGGCUAUGAACACCGGCAUCAUUCCAAUCACAGCAUUCAUUUUGCUCGGAGCGAUCUACGGUCUGCAGGCUAUUAUUUUCAUUCUCCGCCGCAAAUGGGAAAUGGUAGGAUGGAUGAUAAUUUAUCUCCUUGCCAUGCCUGUGUUCUCGUUGGGUCUGCCUCUCUAUGCUUUUUGGCAUAUGGAUGACUUCACAUGGGGUAAUACUCGUAUUGUCACUGGUGAGAAAGGCCGUAAGGUCGUUAUCACGGAUGAGGGAAAGUUUGAUCCAGCUUCAAUUCCUAAGAAGAAGUGGGAGGAGUAUCAAGCUGAGCUCUGGGAAGCCCAGACGCAUCGUGAUGACCAGUCGGAAGUCUCUGGAUACUCCUAUCGAACAAAGUCGUACCACCCAGCAAUGUCGGAAUAUGGAUAUCCCGCCACAAGACCAGCUUCUCACCUGGAUUACAACCGCCAUUCGCGGCUAUCUCUGCCCACUUCUGAACUCCUCGGUCGUGGCUCAGACCUCGAAAUGACUGACUUCGCCGGUCUUCCGACCGACGAUGCGUUGCUAGCCGAGAUCAGAGACAUUCUGAGAACGGCUGACUUGAUGACCGUUACGAAGAAGAGCGUCAAACAAGAACUUGAACGGAGAUUUAACAUCCCGCUGGACGCAAAACGAGCGUACAUUAAUUCUGCGACUGAAGCAGUUCUUUCAGGCCAACUCUAAAAAGCAGUUCAAAUGCAAAUAUUUGCUCGGUUUUUUUUCUUGAAUCUUUUGUUCUAUUUUCAGCAUGCACAAAUUAUAAUCCUUAUCAUUUUGAAUAAUAAUUGUUUGGACAAUGAGCACAAUUCUCUAAUCAAGCAUGUUCUUCAGUCCUUUUCUCCCUCAACGAACUAAUAAUACAUGUGCUAUCUUGUUUCACUUAUCUUUCUUGUUAUGGUGUUUGUAUGGAGCAUUGAAUUAUUGUGCUAUUUGAAAGCUGGUCGAUCUCAUACAUGGUCUCUUGGUCUCUCCUUUACAUUUGUGUUGGGCAUGAUUUUUCCUUUUUUUUGGUCUCUCCCUUUCUCUCUGAAAUGAAGGUAUAUAUAUAUCCAUACUCCGUACAGUAGAGCAAAUUUGUUUGAUACACACCGUGUUUCCUCUUACAUAUGUUCCUAAAUGGUUGAAUUCGCAUUGCUGGUUUGCGCAAGGUCGCGCGUAUAAUGAACGCCUGUACCCAUUGUGAAAUAUCUUGUUAACAUGCAGACUAAGUACCAUAAUUCACUUUAACCUUGCUA